CUACAACCAUUCGUAACUUUAUUUCAUUGGGAUCUUCCUCAAGCUUUAGAGAACGAGUAUGGCGGCUUCUUAAGCCCUCUCAUUGUAAAUGAUUUUCAAGACUACGCGGAACUUUGUUUCAAAGAGUUUGGAGAUAGGGUGAAGUAUUGGAUCACUUUCAAUGAGCCAUCCUCUUUCAGCGUUUCUUCCUAUGCAAUAGGGAUCUUUCCACCUGGUCGAUGUUCUAAAUGGUUGAGUUCAAAUUGCACCGAUGGUGAUUCAGGGAAAGAACCUUACAUUGUUUCGCAUCACCAACUUCUUGCUCAUGCUGUAGCUGCCGAUGUGUACAAGAAGAAGUAUCAGGAAUCUCAAAAGGGUGUGAUAGGCAUAACCUUGGUGUCUAGUUGGUUCAUUCCACAUUCUGAUAAUAAAUUCGAUCAAAAAGCUGCUGAACGAGGACUAGACUUCAUGUUUGGAUGGUAUAUGGAACCACUAACAAAAGGGGAAUAUCCACAAAGCAUGCGUUCUCUUGUUGGAAAACGAUUGCCAAAUUUCUCUAAAAAGCAAGCAAGACUACUUAAAGGGUCAUUUGAUUUCCUUGGACUAAACUAUUAUACCUCUAUGUAUGCUACCAAUGCACCACAACUUGGAAAUGGUAGACCCAAUUACUUCACUGAUUCUAAUGCCAAUUUUACAACUGAGCGCAAUGGUAUUCCAAUAGGUCCAAGGGCAGCUUCAAGUUGGUUAUAUGUUUAUCCUAAAGGAAUUCAAGAAUUGUUACUCUAUGUUAAGAAAGUGUACAACAAUCCUUUGAUUUACAUCACCGAAAAUGGUGUUGAUGAGUUUAAUGAUCCAACACUAUCACUCGAGGAAGCCCUUAUGGACACUUCUAGAAUUGAUUAUUUCCACCGUCAUCUCUAUUAUAUUCGAUGUGCAAUCAAUUAUUACUUUGUGAGUUUGUCUCCCACUGAUAUCAAAUUGGUAUCAGAGCAGGAAUUUAUGAUGACAACACAUCUUAAAGCUCACAACAUCUGGAGCUAUGUGGAGUCUAGUUUGCAACAAGGAGCUGAUGAACUUGCUCGUAGAAGGGACCAGCUGGCACUAUCACAAAUUCUUCAAGGAAUAGAUUACUCAAUUUUCGGCAAAAUAGCAAAUGCGAAGACUUCGAAAGAAGCGUGGGACAUAUUGAAGUUGUCACAUAAAGGAGUAGAGAAAGCUUAG